CUGUUUCUACCUACUUCUUUAGCUUCCAACAUCGUUACACUACCGCAGCCAACCCACGCGGUUAGGUCCAUUCAAGGGUUUUGAUGACUUUUGCCGGAACGCUAAACAUCGAGAAGUGUAUCGGCUUCAAGCGAGAGAAACGCGUGGCAAUUCGAACUGGCGAGCAUUUUUUACCAAUUCCUAUCAAUUUGCUUCUGAGGGGAAAACUUUCGACAUUAACCCUCGAUUUUCCACGGCGACAAGCCAAAUACCCCAGAGUAUCCCAAGGGCAUUCUUCAAAGCCGGAUCAUGGCGCAACAACUUGAGCACAUAUCUGCAGAGCUAGGCAUCCCACAGUAUCUGGGUAUCUGCUUCGAACAAGGAAUCGAUACUUGGGAAGCGAUAGUAGCCACUCUAGAAUCCGAUCUGGACGCUCUUGGAGUCAAAUCAGGUUAUCGACGUGAACUGCAAAGACGAAUCAAUAACUUCAGAGGUCUCGCUCCUGAUACGUCGUUAGUGUCACCAUCAAGAACCACUGCUUGGGGGCCUAUGCUUGAGGCAAAACGGCCAGAAUCAACACUUUUGGGGCUAAGAACAGAUCUGUUCUUACCAAAUGCCAGUGUCGCCAACACCCAAAGGGUUGUGCUGACUAAGUCCAUGCCUUAACUGUAAGAGUAACAAAGAUCUAAAGACCGAUGAUAACAGGCCCGAGCGACCGCCGUCAGCGUUCGUGCUGUUCUCAAAUUGUGAGAACUGAGGUCAACCUCCAUUCAUAGGGAACCUUAAUGUAGCUUAAAUCAGUGUAGAAAUGUCUGACGAACUGCUGAAGGGCU